ACAGUCAUUCCAUCGCAGAGCCUCUUGUUUGGCUGGGCCUCUCGUCAGCCCUGGUUAGCGAGGAGAGACGGAAUUGCGAACAGCAUUGCAGCAGCUGGCCAGACUAUCUCUGCCAUUUUGUUUGAAUCCGGUCAAUUUCGGACCAGACGCAUCCGCACGAGGAGUUGGCAACAUCAGCGGGACAAUGACUUGAAUUGUGCUUCGGUUCAAGCUCGGCAUUUUUUAUAUGAAAUAAUCAUACAGACUGCAAGCAUACGUCACUGGUUGCCAUACAGUGCUGAUGCCAACGGACCAAGAAUGUGCUCAAUGAACCAUCCCAACUGGGUCACCUUUGAGGACGAGGGAACCCCCGUCUCCUCGCCUCCAAAACAGCUACAGACCUCAUCCUCCACCCCCAGGUCCUUGCCACGCCCCAACGGCCUCAAACUAGUGCUCCCGCCCCCGGGAGAUCAAUCAUGGAGCUUUAGCGGUGCCCUUGAAUCCCCCCAAAUAAACUUUGGCCAGAAUGGCAGCACGUGUGUCCCAAGUAACACUCCUAUGUGCACACCUGUCAGAGAGACUCCUACCAGUGCCUCCCCUUUCAAUUUUGGCCCUCGGGGACAAGACCUCUUCAGCAGUGUCUCCAGCUCCUCCUCGACGGUUUUAUCGUCCUCGGGACUAGGUCAAAGUACAACUCACUCCACCUCAGAGAGCUCCACCAGCCCUUUCCCCUCAUUUCAGGAUGAGCCGGGACACUGUAAUCCCUUCUGGGGCGAGACUAGCCAGAAUGCGGACUCUGGCAGCUCUUCGUCGGAUUCCGAGUCUGGCUCAACGUUGCCGCGGUUCUUCAUUAGGACCAAGGAAGGCUAUGAGCCGCCCCCCGCCUCCCACCUUCAGAGCUCCUAUUCGUACAUCUGCCAUAAACUGGAGCGUUUACGCGCCGUCGAGGGAGAUGGAGAGGAGGAAGACGACACGGAGGACAGUAAGAGGACGGAGCCAAGUGUGGAGGAGCAGCGAGAUGAGGGAACUGGGGGGAAGCCGUUGCUUUUUGUUCCUCAGGGAUUGUUCCGCGGCCAGAGGAGACAUGGCUGGCCGCUGAUGCUGAGGAUCCCGGAGAAGAAAAAUCGGAUGUCUUCCCGUCAGUGGGGACCCAUCUACCUGCAGCUGUUGCCUGGCGGAGUGCUGCAACUUUACUACGAGAAAGGCCUGGAUAAACCCUUUAAGGAGUUUCAGCUCCUGCCCCACUGCCGACUCUCCGGGCCCAAGCUGGAGAGCUAUGGCGAGCCCCGCAAAAUACACGCUGUGAAGAUCGAACAUGUGACUUACACUGAGCGAAAACGCUACCACCCCAAGCCCGAUGUGAGUCACGAGGCAGAGGUGGAGCAGCUACUGAAGUUUGGCACGACAGACCACGCUGACAUGGAGGACCUCAUUGUGUCACUCGAGGAGGAGUUGCUGAGGCUUCCACCCCCACACCAACCCAGGAAACACUACGAGGAGCAGGAGAUGUCCUUGCAAAUAGCCGAUGACAUUUGGAUGAAGUUUGAUAAAGAUGGGGCCACACUGGAGCAGGCAGCCAUCACAAGUAUUCACUGUCUGGCCUUCCUGAACGGUCCUGGUGAAUGCUUCAUGGCGCUGAACGAUGAGAAGCUGCUGCUGAGGGACUCGAGCUACGGGUCCGAAGAAGAAGAUGACGUUUGGAUGGAAAUCACAGACUGUCACUUCCACAGCUGCGUGAAAGAAGCUGAAUUUAACGACACGCGACUGGUGAAGUUCUCACCUCCGGAUGCUUGCAAAGUGGAGCUGAUGCGUUACAAGACGUUGUCGUUUGCGUGCAGUGACCUCCCCUUUUCCAUUAAGGCCUUAGUUACCGUCCAAGGGGCUUACGUGGAGCUGCAGGCCUUCCUUAAUACGUCGUCAUCUUUCCCAUCCAUAGGAGUAACAACUGAGGGUCAGCCUUUGUGUGAAAACGUAAUGAUUCGGGUGCCCGUGCCAGGGGACUGGAUCAAGGUAUCCCGCACUGUGUCUUUGCUACGCCAGAGAUCCCUGAAGUCUCGUAUGAACAGAAACACCUGUCUUGGCUCUGUCAAUAUGCCUGAGUCUCAUCCUGUCAUGCAAGUGUCUGUGGGCACCGUCAAGUAUGAGAAUGUGUAUGGAGCAAUUGUUUGGAGGAUUGAUAGACUACCUGCUAAGAAUAUGGCACUGAACCACCCACAUUCCCUCUCCUGCAAGCUGGAGCUUGGAUCUGACCAGGAGAUCCCAACUGACUGGUACCCCUUUGCAACUGUGGAAUAUGAAGUUGCUGACGUAGUUGUGUCUCAAACAAGGGUGAGAUCUCUUGGCACAGAGAGUGACAUUCAACCACAGAAGCAUGUGAGCAGUAGAGCUUACUAUCACUGCCAGGUGGAGAUAGAGAAGAAAUGGAUCGAAACAGAGUCUCAGAGGCAGUCAAAUUGCAUGAUGCAGUAAAGAUUCAGGAGCAAGAGAAUCUCUGGAGCAAAGAUGGAGGACUCUUUCAGCUGGCCCUAAUAUGUCCUUUCUGAUAACUGACAAAAUUAGACUCAGAGAAACAUGGCUGUAAAGGCUUUAGAAUCAUGUUGCUUGGGCUCACCAUGUUAUUUAACACCUCAAAACAUCCAACAGAAUUCUGCCUAUUCUUGAACCAACCGUAUUACUCCAGCAUGAAUACAAACUGUAUUUUACAUGAAGACGCCACAAACUGGUGAUAUUUUUGAUGCAUGUUAUGCAAAGUUUAUAUCCCCACUCUUGCAGCUGCAUUGCACUUUACAUUCCUCUUUAAGACAUUUGAUUGCUUACUGACAGGGAACUUGAAUUAUUUUUAUAUGAAGCCUAGCAAUAAUGUACAAUGCAAUAACAGUGUCACUAACUGACAAUAUAAUCUUUAGAGAGACCAAUUGGCUUGUAUUUAGACACAGGUUGUUAUUAAACAUCCUAUACAUUUAAAAUGCACUAUGUUAACCAUACUCUCUGCAAGUAUUGAUACAAUUAGCAAUUGAAAGUCCAUAGUCCAAGUCCACAUGAACUUGUGUAUAAUGCUAAAUAUAGUAAAGCCAACAGAACUGAUCUAUUGUAUUGUAUGAAAUUAGACUACAAUGCUUAUUCUCAAUAACUCAAAGAAGCUAUUAAAUUUGUAUUUGCAAUUG